CACGCCCAAAGACAUUUCAUUUGUCGCCAGCCGGCUCGCAAGGAGCACCUCAAAUUGGUCGCAAGGGUGGGUUUAAGCAAAAAAAACACUGCAUUUUCAGAGCCCAACGAAAGUCAAGCCAUAAAAAGAAACUGGGAGCAUGAGGAGGUCCUCUGAGCCAUGGGUCCGGCGGCUCGCGCCCGGGGCCGCCUGUCAGCCUGCGCGCGCACACACACCCGGUGAACGCAUACUGCCUGGGUAGCUGGGGCCGUCGCAGACAUCCUCCAUCAUCCUCCUCUUCCCUCCGAGACAGAGUGUGAGAGCCCCGGCGAGGGAAACGUGGGAAAGAGGAAGAAGAUGUACCAAGAGCUGCUCCUCUCCUCCGCCCUCCUCUUCCUCCAUGUGAUGGGCACUCCCCAGUUCUUCGGGCAUCAUGGAAGGAGGGCGUGCAGCGGCGACCUCCGACACAAUGUCAUCCUGGCAACAGAGUCCUACGCCCAGCCGGUGCACAAGCCCUACAUCACCCUGUGUCAAGGCCAUCGCCUCUGCAGCACAUACAAAACAACGUACUCGUUAGCUUACCGGCAGGUGAGCAGGAUAGCGUCGGCCUCGCAUUUCUACCCAGACUGCUGCCCCGGUUGGCGGAGAUUUCACUCACACAACUGCAACCAAGCUCUGUGUGCAGAACCCUGUGCUAAUGGCGGCACCUGUUUGAAACCCAAUAAGUGCGCGUGCCCCCCCGGCUGGACGGGACACCGGUGCCAAACGGAUGCAGACGAGUGCGGCGGGCGGCAGCCGUGCGCCCAGCUGUGCGUGAACACAGCUGGGAGCUACAGAUGCGCCUGCAGAGACGGCUUCACGCUUGCCGGAGACGGACGGUCCUGCCACCAGCUUCCACCUCCGCCGCCGUCUCCGACACCCACCCAGGGCAGCCGGGCAGCAGUGGGUGGCCACGCCGACGCGGGAGGAAGCUUCGGCCUGGCGGAGAACGUCACGGAGGAGGUCCAGAGCCUGAGGAACAGAGUGGAGCUGCUGGAAAAGAAGCUGCAGCUGGUGUUGGCGCCAUUCAGCAGCUUCUUCCCGCCGCCGCUGGACGACAGCUUCCCGGAGAAGACCACCCUACUGUCCCACUCCUUCCGGCAGCUGGACCGCAUCGACUCCCUCAGCGAGCAGAUCGGCUUCCUGGAGGAGCGCCUCGGCACAUGCUCUUGUCAGGAGAAUUAGCGGACAAGAAGGAAAAAAUCGUCAGAAGCCAUCUCAGAGCUUUUGUGACGCUGUGACGCAUGCACCCGCACAAAUGUUUGAUUUUUUUCCCCACCAUUCCAAAAAGAAAAAUUCAGUGAAAUCAGUUUUUUGUUGUUAUUUUUGGUUUUCUAAGUUGAGUCUCUCCGUAUGGGGUCUUGAUUUUUUUUUUGCAACGGUACCUGCAGCAGCGGGUCGGCCUCGCCGGCCUGCGUCGGUCGAAGCUUGACGUAUAGCCACUCGCAUCAGUGCAGCUGUGUUCUCCUGUGUCAGAGCUCCACCCUGGUCCCGGGGCCUUUUGCACACAUCUGUAUUUAUGUAUUUAAGUUAUGGUCACCUGUAGGCAUUCCUAAGUGCUCUUAGUUUUGAUCUAGUUUUGUAACGUUUUUUUGUAAUAAAAGUGUGAAUAAAAAAA